CGGCACUAGCUUGACUGAAAUUGGUGUGACCGCACCGAGAAACGUGAAGUGAGCGCCAUAGGUUGCUUUUUCCAUUGGAAUAUUCACACAUUAUUGGUGGCGACAUGGGCGACAAGCUACUGGACUCGACGCAGAUCAUCAAUGGCCUGGCUGUGAUGCUGUCCUUCUUCGUGGGCUAUCGUUAUGCCCUGAAGCGUGGUGACGCCAAGGACUCGCCAUCCAGUGAAGGAGCUCCUCCAUCCGAGGCCACAUUCUCCGGCGAGGCUUCGGUUGUGGACAAGGGCUACGGCGGAUUCAACGAUAACUUCAAAAUGGUUCUCGUUGUCCGGAACGACCUGAAAAUGGGCAAGGGCAAGAUCGCCGCCCAGUGUGGUCAUGGAGCCGUGGGUGCCUACCAGAGGGCUGUGAGCAAGACCCCACGGUUAGUUCGCGCCUGGGACAGCUGCGGAUGCGCCAAGAUAGCGGUGAAGGUGGAGAGCGAGGCAGAGUUAAUGGCCAUUAAAAAGGCCGCCGAACGUAACCAGUUGAACACAUGCCUUAUCCGGGACGCCGGUCGCACUCAGAUCGAGCCCAAUUCCAAGACUGUGCUGGCCAUCGGACCGGCGGCCGCAGAUGACAUCGACAAAGUAACCGGCCACCUAAAACUGCUUUAAGAUCUGCACCCCAAGUACACACGCAAGCCAUGUAGCUCCAUACAAUUCACUUAAGUGCAAGCCAAUAUUUCUCGAAGCAAUAGGGCGCGGAUAGAUGACGGUGGUGGAGGAAGUGGGUGGACAAGGUGGCGUCAUGCCAACGGAGAUGGAGCGGACGACAACUGUGACAUGCUAGUUAAGCUAAGAUUUACGUUAUCGCGUUUUCUGUGAAACGAGCUAUUAUGUAUUAAAUGAUUGGCAGUCCGGUAGUGGACUGCGAAGCUCUAA